CUUACCAUAGAAGACACCGGUUGCUAUGAAUAACCCCCCUUCCAGGUAGACGCCAUUGCUACGCCAUCCAACGGUAAUAAUCUCGGACAAAAGCCGAAUUGCUUGCUUCUUGAUUUGAUCCUUGAGGCGUCACCACUAGUCUGUCGGCCGGAUUACUGAUCUGCGAUCCCACGGAUUCCUAUGUUUAGUUCCCAGCCAGUUUUUCCAUUCUAGGGCCAGUGGCCGGCGAAGACUCUGCACAAGUCCGUAUUAUUAGUAACCACCUGGAUAUCUGUACCCCAAAAUGGAUUAUCCGGACGAUCAUCUCCCAAUUGAAGAUCCUCCCCCGGAGGAGUAUGCCUACCCCGAUAUUGAUGAGACGAUUCAUUAUCCAUGGCAGGGACACCAGCCAACUGUCCAGGGAGAAUCCUCCAUUCACUCCGUCCUGGACCCGCGUCUAUAUAGAGACCUGUUCACUGGCAAUGCCUCGCAAGUUCAGGAGCAAGCCUCGUUUGACGAGAAUGCAGAGGCGUAUCCGGAAGACGACGACUCGGACAACUCUGUCUACACAUUGUCUUCCGAAGCAAGCUCCAGUGAGGAAGAGCUCUUAGAUGAGCCCGGCGAUGACGACGAUGAAGGCUAUUCUCGGAGACGUCGCAGGGGCACCGGCCCCUUUUCGGGACGAUACGGUGCCCGAGGUGGAAAGGGAAUUCGGAGAGGACCACGCAAGCCAUUGGAGCCGAGCCCAGAGUUCAAGCUGUUGCAUUCAGAGGCAACGUCUGCCUUCAUCGAUGGUGACUAUGACCGCGCCAUCGAUCUAACCAAGCGUGCGAUCCACAUCAACCCCGAGAUGUUCGCUGCUCAUUCUCUCUUGUCCGAAAUUUUCUUGGCCCAAGGUGAGAAAGACAAGGCGUUAACCGCGCUAUUUAGCGGUGCGCACACGCGGCCCAAGGACCCCAAUGUAUGGCUCACGGUGGCAAGAAUGAUCCUGGAACGCGCCGGGGACGAUCGUCAAAGCUCCUUGAAUGAUGUUGUUUACUGCUAUAGCCGUGUCAUCGAAAUAGACCCGAGGGACUACAAAACUCGCUUUCAGCGAGCGGCGAUCUACAGAGAGUUGGGCUACAAUGGCCGGGCGGCCACCGAGUUUGAACGAAUUCUGAGAGAAGUCCCGCACAACGUUAGGGCGCUUCGACAUCUUGCAGAAACCUACAUCGACCUCAAUGAUGUCCAGAAAGCCGUAGACCAGUGGCAGGUGAGCGUGGAAUUCUUCAUGUCUGCGGACCCGGAAGAGGCACCCGGUUUCUCUUGGUCCGAUGUCAACAUUUACGUUGAACUCUACAGCUAUCUGGGUCAGCACUUUGAAGGACUCAGGGCCCUGAAGUCGGUCUCGAGGUGGCUUCUGGGCCGAAGAGACGAUACGAUGUGGGAAGAUUUCCAUGAAGACGACCGGGAAUGGGAUGCGGAUGACUCUCCUCGACGUAUCAAGGCCGAUGGUUAUGAGCCCCGAAAGUGGCCUCGAGAUUCGUAUGGCCUAGGCCUACCAUUGGAGCUGAGAAUCAAGCUGGGACUAUUCCGUUUGAAGAUGGGAUAUGACUACAAAGAUGAAGCUUUGCAUCACUUCGAAUGGCUGAAUCCAGAAGACACAUCCGAGCACGCCCGGUUGUACGAUUAUGGCGACCUUUUCAGGGAGGCUGCUGACGCGCUAAAGGAGGUUGGGCUCGUCGAGGAUGCACUGCGGUUCUACCUGCCACUCCAGCAAACCCACGAGUAUGCAGAUGUUGGCUUCUUUAUGGCCAUGGGAGACUGCUUUAAAGUACUGGGCAGACUUGAAGACGCCGAGAACUGUUACCUUACGGUUGCAGAGCACGAUACAAGACAUGUGGAAUCCCGUGUGCAGCUUGCAAAACUAUAUGAGAGCAUUGGCAUGUCCGAGGAGGCGUUGAAAUAUGUCAACGAAGCGGUCCUGCUCGGAAGACAGGAAAGCCGAAGUAACCGACGGCGCAAGGACACAAGGCUAGAACAGCUGGCCAUGGAGUUCAAAGCCGCCGACGUGGCUCGUGAAGAGGCUGCCUUGAGCUCAAUCGCGCCACAGCCUCCAAGCACCGGUUUGUCCACGGCUGCUCUCACCACCAGUGCUGCACCGGUUGAAAAAGACAUUGAGGUAGAUGAGGAGCAAAGGACCGAAAAUGUGCAAUAUCUCUACGCCAAAUUGUUGCAGUUGCUACCGCAGGUGAAAGAAGGGAACACCGAAGCCACGGAGGACUGGCUAGAUAUCGCGGACGCUUUGUUGCGCGAAUUUCGAUCUAACCGAGUAUUCUAUCCGAUCCAACGCAACAUAACCUUCUUGGGCUAUUCGCGCGAAGCCCAGAGAAGGGCGGGGAGAAACAAGGGCCGGAACUUUAUCGAUGAAAUGCAAGAAAUGGCGGGGCGUCUCCAAGAGUCUUUAGGGAGUAUCCCCGAAGAGCCGCUGCAAGGCGCUAUACCGACGGAUUACUAUGGAAUCAGCUUCAAUGAGUGGCUCGACCUAUUUUUGCAGUACGCCCUUACUGUGGCAGCGCAGGGAGAAUCUGAUGAAGCGUAUGAUUCGCUCGCGGCCGCUGCCGAUGCCAGCGUCUGGUAUCACUCCAAGUCCGACACCCGUAUGAUUCAUGUUUGCUGGUUCACUUGUGCGCUUCGAAUGCAAGACGAAGAGACACUUGCCAAUGAAGCACGAUGGUUCAUCAAGGAGUACCAAUUCGUGACCGACACUUAUCGUUUGUUUUCCAUGUUGAGCCGCCUCAGUGGUGAUCCCCACCGGUCUCUCUUCCAUUCAUCGCCGAACAUGAAAUUCAUGUUGCGUCAAAUCAAGGCCAUGGACUUUACCCUACCGGACGAGGUCACCGGGGACCGGCCAAGCAGGGCUGUCCGCGAGUCGGUUUACAAGGAGCGCGCAUCUUUGUCUACUCGGGACGAAGUCACCGGAGAAGCCAUCCCGGCCGAUGAAAUGGACGUUGCCCUGCUUGUGUUGUACGGCCAUAUUCUCUACUCUGGAAACAGUUUCUACCCCGCCCUGAACUACUUCUUCCGUGCCUAUGCACUGGACGACCAAAACCCAGCCGUCCUCUUCUCCAUCGCCCUCUGCUACAUCCAUCAUUCCCUCAAACGUCAGUCGGAGAACCGACAUUACCUCAUCAUGCAGGGCCUGUCGUUCAUGCACGAAUAUCGACGUGUCCGUGAACGACCGGGCACUCUCCUGUCGGAGCGGCAGGAGAUGGAAUUCAACUUUGCCCGCGUGUGGCAUAGUUUGGGACUAGCCCAUUUAGCCACCGAAGGCUACCACCUGGUGCUAGAGCUAGGCGCACAGAUCCAGGCACAAUGCCAAAGCAUUUCGAAGAAUGGCAUCGAUGUCGUCAUGGAGGAUGCCGGACAGCCCGCACCUUUUGUGGAGGACUUUUCGCGGGAAGCGGCGGUAGCGUUGCAGAUUAUCUAUGCGCUGAGCGGGGAUUAUCAAUCGGCCCAAAAGGUUACAGCCAAAUGGCUGGUUAUUUAGUCAAUUCACCAUUCAGUGGCAAAUCUCACUCAGCGAUCACCUGUGUUCUGCGAACGGAGCCAUGCUAAUGCAGCCCACAUGGACAUGGCCACACGGACACGGGCACACAGACCACCGCCACCUUCCACCUCCCACCUCCCACCUCUCCAUUGAUGCACGUACUUUGUAAAUUGUACUACCAUGGCAGAUGACCUGCAUGGAGAUGUGCAAAUGACCUACCUUGACAUGCUUGUUUGCGUACCUACUUUGUAUGUAACGCUGACACAAGUGAGUACCUUGCACAUGCACCAUGACAUAAGGGCAAGAUGACGGCUGUCUUAAUCCAUGUCUGCAUGUCAGUGACAACAGUUACGCAGCUAAUGGUAUUAUUCUAAGCUUUACCGGAAUGUAUCUGUAAUUCUUUUUUUCUUUCGGUUCAGUACUCACUCACUCUGACCUCUUCCUACUACAGAUACUUUCGACUUCUUACUAUAGAAAGAAAC